CCCCGCCCAUUCGUCGCUUGUAAUUUUCUACCAGCGGAAGUUCGGACAGGUUUCUACCAUAAGGUCUCUGGUGGGUCGGUUGAAGGGCUUUGGGGAUAAAUUAAGAUAUCUGAAUUUGCACAAUGGCAGCAAUACUCCGGUCCGUCCUGAACAAGAAGACUCCGCUACAGCUGGGCCGUAUGUGUUACUCCUCUGCGCCUACCACCAAGCUCUUCAUUGAUGGCAAGUUUGUGGAGUCUAACACCUCCGAAUGGCUCGACAUUCAUAACCCUGCCACUAAUGAGGUGGUGGGCCGAGUUCCCAAAGCCACCGAGACCGAGAUGCUGGCGGCUGUGGAUUCUUCCUCCAAAGCUUUCCGGUCUUGGUCCGAGACCUCCAUCCUGAGCCGGCAGCAGAUCUUCUUGCGCUACCAGCAGCUAAUCAAGGACAAUAUUAAAGAGUUAGCCAAGAUGAUCACACUGGAGCAAGGCAAGACACUCGCAGAUGCCGAGGGCGAUGUAUUCAGAGGACUACAGGUGGUAGAGCACGCCUGCAGCAUUACAUCGCUCAUGCUGGGUGAGACCCUGCCAUCCAUCACCAAGGACAUGGACACCUACACUUACCGGCUGCCCAUCGGUGUCUGUGCCGGCAUUGCCCCCUUUAACUUCCCGGCCAUGAUUCCACUGUGGAUGUUCCCUAUUGGCAUGGUGUGCGGCAACACCUACCUGAUGAAGCCCUCGGAGCGUGUGCCUGGAUGCACCAUGCUUCUGGCCAAAAUGCUGCAGGACGCCGGGGCGCCUGAUGGCACGCUCAACAUAAUUCACGGGCAGCAUGCAGCUGUGAACUUCAUCUGUGACCACCCUGCUAUCAAAGCCAUCAGCUUUGUGGGCUCCAACCAGGCAGGAGAGUACAUCUACAACAGGGGUUCCAAGAAUGGCAAGAGGGUUCAGUCCAACAUGGGUGCCAAGAACCACGGUGUGGUGAUGCCCGACGCCAACAGGGAAAACACCAUCAACCAGCUGGUGGGUGCUGCUUUCGGAGCAGCCGGACAGCGCUGCAUGGCGCUCUCCACCGCCAUCUUUGUGGGCGAGUCUCGUGAAUGGCUGCCGGAGCUGGUGAACCGCUCCAAAUCUCUGCGCGUCAAUGCAGGCGAUCAGCCUGGCGCUGAUGUGGGCCCCCUGAUCUCCCCUGAGGCCAAGAACCGGGUGGAGUCUCUGAUCCAGAGCGGCGUUGAAGAGGGGGCCAAAUUGCUGCUGGACGGGAGAAACGUCAAUGUUAAAGGAUACGAAAACGGCAACUUUGUGGGGCCUACCAUCUUGGGCGGCGUGACGACGGACAUGACUUGCUACAAGGAGGAGAUUUUUGGGCCGGUGCUGGUGGUUUUGGAGGCCGACAACCUAGACGAGGCCAUAUCGUUGAUCAAUAACAACCCCUACGGAAACGGCACUGCCAUUUUCACCACCAACGGUGCAACGGCCCGCCGAUACACACAUGAGGUGGACGUGGGCCAGAUUGGAGUGAACGUCCCCAUCCCUGUGCCCUUGCCCAUGUUUUCUUUUACGGGCUCCCGAGGCUCCUUCAGAGGAGACACCAAUUUCUAUGGCAAGCAGGGCAUCCAGUUCUACACUCAGAUCAAGACCGUGACCUCACAGUGGAAGGCUGAGGAUGCUACCCUGACGAGCCCUGCUGUCACCAUGCCAACCAUGGGACGCUAAACUUCAAACUUUAUCAUCAAUGACUUCAUCACAUGCCUUAAAAUAUGAAACUUUUAAGAAGGAUGGAGAAAGUUUUUUAAACAAAGGGGUUUAUUGUUUGCUGAAUAUUAGUCUCCUCCUCUUAAGGAGAAAUUGACCCGCUGUUGUCUGUCCUCAGUGAUGUUUUGGGCUUUGUUCCUCAUGUCCUCGCAGAGACCGUAGGUUUAAUCCUUGUCAUGAUCGCUUUGCUCUUGCGUUCCCUCAAGCCUGCAGGGGGCAAUCAAAAGAUUGGUGGGGGAUUAACCUCUGAACAGUCACAAAAAACGUCUUCCACAAUAUAGAGCUACAUUUUACAUGCAUAAUUCUAUGGAGGUGAACACUAAAAUAGUGUUUUACUUCAUUUAUCAUGUAAGGCCCACAUGCUCUGUUGUGUCAGAUUGGACUUCCACUUUGCAUUUGAUCUGUUGGAUAAGACCACAAAGAGCAAUAAAAUGCAGUGGUUUACUUGUUAACUUGUCAAACUUGUUGUGAAUGGCAAUUUUGAUAUGAUCAGCCAAGCUUUUUGGUGAUACAAUAAAACAUAUAUUUGAUUAUUGAA